UCAUCAGAGGUAAGCUAGCAGGAGAAACAGCGUUUUUCGAUCCGCUGGUCGGCGUCCAACAGUUCAGGUAACAAAGACUGAACUUUCUCAGAGGCAGAGAUCCUCCGGAGAGCCUCUGAGUGGAGAAAAAGGAGCUUCAGUCUCUGGAAGCGGGAGAAAGCAGGACGUUAGCCCAGCUAGCAUGGUUUACUGGGUACCACAGAUCAGUAACCCCAGAGCUGCUGAGGCAUUCAUGUCUGCCCCGCAGCGAGGGUGUCCCAGGAUCUCUAGUAAGAGGGCCCUGGCUCCCUCCACCAACACUGAUACUUUCAGUUGAACAGGGAGUGAAUUCCACCACAAGGGGGCUCUCAACCUAAACAUGACGCUGAAGGGCAUCAUGGGAAAGAUUCCCUGCACCUGGUGAAGGUGGAAGCAACGUUAUGAUGCGUUCAGGGUCAGCACACUGUGCUGUCCCCAUGUGUUUCUUUUCUUACAGGACCCUCCCUGAGGCUAGCUGACGUUAGCAGCAUGAGCGCUGUGUCCCCCUCUGAGAAUCUACAGGCUCGACUCCAAAAAAGCUGGGACGCUGUUGAAAUGUCUGUCUGAUGAAGUACUGCAGCACUCGGGGCGGGGUCUGUGGAUGGGACUUCCGGGAUGUUCUGUUUUCAGGUUUCGCUCCGGAUGGGGGGAUGUUCAUGCCAGAGAGCAUACCAGUGCUCAGCCCGCAGACCCUCAGGGGGUGGAGGGGGCUGAGCUACACCCAGCUCGUGGUGGAGGUUGCUUCUCUGUUCGUUCCCCCCGAGCUGAUCCCCAGAGACGACCUGCAGGUCCUGGUGACUGACGCUCUGUCGGGUUUCUCGGUGCCCGAAGUGGUCCGGAUCGCCCGGUUAAAGGACGGUCUGUCGGUCCUGGAGCUCUUCCAUGGAGAGACGCUGGCUUUUAAAGACCUGGCCAUGACCUGCACCGUUCGCUUCAUCAACUACUUCCUCCAGAAGGAGAACCGCAGAGCCACCGUUGUCGUGGGUACGUCAGGAGACACUGGCGGCUCGGCCAUCCAGAGCUCUAAAGGUCUGAGGGGGUUAGACGUGGUCGUGGUUUAUCCUCGAGGACGAAUCACCCCGGUCCAGGAGAAACACAUGAUCACCUGUCUGGAGGAUAAUGUCCAUGUGUUUGCAGCCGACGGCAGCUCAGACGACAUCGACCAGCCUCUGCGCCGUCUCUUUGCCGAUCAGGAUCUGGUAAAGUCUCACCGCCUCAUGAGUCUGAACUCGGUGAACUGGUCCAGAGUCAUGGUCCAGCUCGCUCACUUCAUCUACGCCUACCUGCAGCUCAGCGGCGUGCAGGAGGCGGAGAAUGAAGGAGAUCUGCCAGAGCUGGAGGUGGUGGUUCCAACAGGAGGGGCGGGGAACAUCGCAGGUGGUUUUCUGGUGAAACAGAUGGGGUUGCCCUUGAAGCUGGUUGCCAUGGUUAACUCAAACGACAUUGUGCACCGGACGGUAACCAGCGGAGAUUUUUCAAUGGCGGCGAACGUCACUCAGACUCUGGCUCCUGCUAUAGACAUCCAGGACCCGUACAACAUGGAGCGAGUGUUCUGGGUGCUGCUGGGUAAAGACGGAGCCGUAGUGAAGAAGAUGAUGGAGGAGUUUCAGCAAACACACCGACACUCUCUGCCUGCUGACCAACACAAACUGUUGUCUCAGGUUUUAUCCACCGGCUCGGUGAAUGACGCUGGGAUCCUGGACACCAUGAGGAGGUGCUGGGAAGACAACCAGUAUGUUCUGUGUCCUCACACCGCUGUGGCUGUCUGGCAUCACUACAACUGUUCUCACAACCCAAAAAUCAACAGGUGUUACAUUGCAACAGCAUCUCCAGCCAAGUUUGAGGCAGCAGUGCAGAGGGCUGGGCUGACCUUUGACUUACCUGAGGCGGUGCUGGCGUUGGACAAGAUGGCGACUCGUUACCAGAAGCUGGAGCGGAGCCCAAACUGGUGCAAAGACUGGGAGGACAGACUGAGAGAGCAGCUCCAGUCUGUGAGUUCAGUCAGGAAGAGCAAAGGGAUGUUCUACAGCUGAUCAUUAAAUACGCUGUAAAGUAGACUGGACGUUAAAGCUUUAAAGGUGUCAGAUUCCAGCAGCUCAACCUUGAACUCUCUUAUCUGGAGUUAAAGACAGAGAAACUCUUGUUUUUUUGACUUUGACCUCAAGUGUCGUAACAUUUAUCUUUUUAUUCCUGCAGUGAUGAGCCCAUCAAGUGUCCUCAGUGUUCACUCUUCUGCAACUUUAACUCAAAUGUUUAUCCAUGCAAGUCAAUGAAAUCAAGCGCUUCUCUGGAAGUUUGAUGGUCUUAA